UAAGCCGAAAGCUCGCGGCUGAUACGGUUGUGCACUAGCUGAGUGCUCGUCCUCUCUCAAAUCGGAAAGUCUAACUUGGUUUAGAGGAAGAGAAGUCCGACAAAACACAUAAGUUUCUCUUAGAGUCCAGAGAAGUCUCGAGGGUGAAAGCUUGUGAGCUCUAAGUUCUAAUUUUAAUUAGCCAUAGAAGCAUACAAAAAAGCUAGAAAAAAAUAUAGAAAGAAAAUAACAAAAUCAGAAAGAGGAAUUCAACUUCUGUAAAUAUUUAAUAAGUUUAAUAAGUGCAUAUUUUGAUAUUUGAACACAUCCGGAGCGAGAGGUGUUUUUUUUCCUAAUUUUCCAUUCCACACUCAAUCCCCGGAAACUCCGGAAAAGUCUCAUUGAGAAAAAUUCGCCUUAGGGCACCAAACAUAGUACUGGAGCUUUAUAUUUUUGUUGUGGGAUUGGAGGGGUGUAUCAAUUGGGGCUCACCAUGAGUAUUUGGUGUUGGUCUAUUUGGCAAAAAUUGCGUUUUUGCUUAUAGCAUUUUUGCGCUCUGAGUCAAUUUUGUAUAAAUAAAUAAGUGCGAGAUCCCUUGGAAAAAUACAGCGAUAUGUAUGGAAAUGUGUGACUCGGUGUAUUACCUGUAGAAAUUUUUCCCCCCCUGAACAAAAAAACUAAUCCCCAGCUCUCACGGAAAAAGAACCUUCCUAGAUAGGACAAUGAGAUUGGGUAAAAGCAAUGUGAAUACUUUGGAAAGUGGCCCACUUUUUGCCGGCAUCAUGAAUGAUAAAUAUAGAGUCUCAGAGUAAAAAUUUAUCAAUAAAGAGUGUGAGUGUAUAGAGACAUCCUAGAAAAACGGACGGAUCGCAUGGUGCUCCCAACAGCCCACCGGAAGUGCAUAGAGCGGAAAGUGUGGGUGAGGAAUCAUUGCAUGUCAUCGCAGUGAAAGUUUUCACUUUGUGACUUGCAUCUCAAACCACACGGCAUUAAUUAGAAUAUUAAUAGAAUUUUACCUCCCUCAAACGGCUGGAAAACAACAAGUGUGGGUGGAUGUUUUCCAUGUCAUCACCCACCAGCACCAUGAACACGUGAGACAAAGAGGUGGAAGAGUGGAAAAUUCAACAAUUGUGACCGACAUUGUGUCAAAGUGACAAGUGCUUUUUUUUGUCCAUCCAAAGAUGAAAAUUCGAUUGGCUAUUAAUCUUCUUGUUUUAAUCAUUAACAUUGAGGAUAUUAGAGCAAGUUGGGAGGAAUGGUGGACGUAUGAUGGAAUUUCAGGACCAGGCUUUUGGGGACUCAUCAACCCACAGUGGAAUAUGUGCAACAAGGGACGUCGACAGUCACCCAUAAAUGUUGAACCGGACAAACUCCUCUUUGACCCUUACUUGCGACCCCUUCACAUCGACAAGCACAAGGUAUCUGGAACACUGCACAACACAGGUCAAUCACUUGUAUUUCGUGUGGACAAGGACACGAAACAGUAUGUAAAUAUUUCCGGAGGACCUCUGGCGUAUCGUUAUCAAUUUGAGGAGAUUUACAUCCAUUAUGGCACGGAGAACAGUCAAGGAUCUGAGCAUCACAUCCAUGGAUACAGUUUUCCAGGAGAGAUUCAGUUGUAUGGAUUCAACAAGGAAUUGUAUCGCAAUAUGUCAGAGGCACAACAUAAAUCUCAAGGAAUUGUCGGAAUUUCACUGAUGGUCCAAAUUGGUGAUACGCCCAAUCCUGAACUUAGAAUAAUAACAAGUACAUUUAAUAAAGUUUUAUACAAAGGAACUUCCACACCAAUUCGUCACAUUUCCCUGCGAUCUCUUCUGCCGAACACUGAGCAAUUCAUGACGUACGAAGGAUCAACAACGCAUCCUGGCUGCUGGGAGAGCACUGUGUGGAUUAUUCUAAAUAAGCCAAUUUACAUAACAAAGCAAGAGUUAUACGCUCUCAGGCGACUCAUGCAGGGUUCAGAGCACACACCAAAGGCUCCAUUGGGAAAUAAUGCAAGACCACUGCAGCCUCUGCAUCAUCGCACUGUGAGAACCAACAUAGACUUCCAACAUAGUUCUAAGCAGCAGAUUCAAAAUCAAAAUUGUCCUACAAUGCAAAGGGAAAUGUACUACAGAGCAAACAAAUGGACAGCCGAGAUAACACUCCGAGGGCGGGAACGUGGUUUUUCCGAGUCAAUCUUUCACACCCUUCACUAGAACUCAUCCCAAAUGAGGUGGUAUUAGCCUCAAGAGUCAUCGAAGACAUUGAUGGAGUUCAUUAAAUCAAUAAACAACAAUUAAAAGUAAUAAUUUAAGCCGAUGGAAAUAUUAAAACUCCAGAGAUAUUGGCGUGAAAGAGACAAAAUUGAAUAUAUAAAAUAGCUCUUAUUCUUUAUAUACCAUUAAAAGUAGUUUAUAUACCAAUUUAAUGGAGUGGAAAAUGAACACAACUCAAAUGAGAAAAUUAAUCUUUGAACAACUUUAUAAAUAAAAGAUGACGAAGGAGGAUCCACAAGAAGUAAAAACUUGUUAGGAAAAACUAUUAGAGAGAAAAGAAACUACUGAAAAUAAACAGAUAAUGGGUGGACAAUAAAUUUAUUCUCUAUAUUUAUUAAAUUGAAAAGAUGGUGGAAAACUAUCAUAUACUAAAAACAGGCAUAACAUGAAAGUCCUAUUCUCAAAAUUAACCGACAAUUCCUUAGGUAAACUGUCCCUUCAGCAUUUUAUAAGAUAAAAUUUAAUGGAUCAAUAUUUACCACAAUAAAACUUUCUAAAAACAAGAAGACUUUAAGAAUAUUUUUUUGAGAUAUUUAAAUAUUUUUUUUCCUUAAUAAUAAUUCAUAAAAAAAAGAAUCAAACUGAAAAUUUCCGAGAUAAAUAAGAUACGUAAUAGGAAAUUCAAAUAUUCCUCCUUGGUCCACCCACUGAGUUUUCCAUGUGAAACUAAAAUGAAAAUUGUUUGGAUUUAUUGAAAAACACUGUAGGAAAAUAAUAUAAAUUUCCCAGAAGGAUGAAUUUCAUUUCAAAUAAAUACAUCUCUCAAUUUCUCAUUUAUUUUCCCAAGCCCGUAUUGCGAAUAUUGACUAGAGAAAUUCCGAUAUUUGUAAAUAAGGAAAAAAAAUAUCCAAACUAUAUAUAAAUAGUCGAGAAAAAGUGCUUCGAUACAAUAAAAAAGAAAAAAGUCAAAAUAGAAGAAAAAGACAUUUCUGACAUGACAUUAAUCAAUUGAGAGUGAACUAAGAAAAGUCUGUGCUGUAUAAAUAAAUGACACAAUUACCUAAAUAGUAAUUAAAUUUAAAGAAAAAAAAUAAUAAAUAAUGUAUAUGACCCUGUAAAAUGUUAACUAAAGCAGAAGGAACAUGUGAGAAUUUUUGUAGCCAAAAUUAAAAAUCAUUUUUGGGAUAUGUUGAAAAUUUUAAAAUCUAAAAGCUCCACAAAAGAAAUCACAAGGAGCUCCCUUGCAUGAAAGCCCAAAAUAUUGUUUUGCAAAAGAUAUAUUAUGGAAAUUAUGGAAAUAUUGUAAUUUAUAGUUAGUUCUAUUAUUUCUCAGAAGUAAUGAAAAAAAUUAGUGAACAAUGAGAAACAGAGGAAUAAAAUGAAUUUUUGCAGAA